AUGGGUAAUACAACGCAACACAGUGCGCCAUCAUCACCUUCUGGUAUGUCAGUAAAUCGACAAAAUUCUACAGCGAAACAAGUUCAUAUAAGUACGAAUCAUGCUGAUGGAUUUUAUUUUACUGGCGAACGUUUAACUGGUACAGUUAAAAUUCCGACAUCAUUUUUGCAUAGUCAUUUACAAAAUAAAAAUAAUUCAACAUCAACAGAAUUAUUUAAUAAACGCUCAUUACGUAAUCCUAUUAUUAUUGAGCUUGUUGGCGAUGCGACUUAUUCAGCUGAAAUUGAUGUUGCUGCUGAUAGUGAUGGUCAUGUGACGCAUAAAAUUAAUCUAUGUCGGCAAUGUUCAAUUGUUACUAUGCAUCAAAAUAAAACCGAACUCCAAACAAUAGAAAGUUCAACUUCAUCAUCAGAUACGAAAUCAAGACCGACAAAUCCAUCAUCUGUACUCAACGGCACAUUUCAUUUGCAUAUUCCGGAUGGUCUUCCACCAUCAUUAUCAAAUAAUCGCACUCCAUCAGUUGUUUAUACAUUAGACUUAAGUUUAUCAUCGAGUCGCUAUCGCUAUCAAAUACCAAUAACACUUAGUACACGCGGUUAUAUAUCUCAUCCAAUGACUGACAUUAAAUUAAGCGAUACUGCUGUUAACAAAAAUGAUAUUUGUUUACGAGCUUAUUCGCCACGGAAUUAUUGUCGACCUGGCGAACAGAUUUCAGUACAAAUAAAUUAUUCGAAUCCUCAGCAACGUUCUAUUCGUUCAAUAACAGUUCAACUUGUACAAUUCUAUCGUAUACAUAGCGAUCAAAAUUAUUCACUUCUAGAUGGAAAAGAAUGGACAUUUGAUAUCGCUACAGUUUUACCAUCAACGCAAUGGUCUGGCGAAGCACACUUACAAUUACCUAAUCAACCAUUGCAAGCAUCCUAUCCAGCGAGUUCUGUUGGUACAACACGAGCGAUUGAAUGCGAAUUGCACUAUCGAAUCUUAAUUGAUCUCAAUGAAAAGAAAGGCGAUGAUAUUAAUCUCAUACUAGCACCAAUUCAUGUAACAUACCAAAAAUAA